AUGCCGUCUCUCAGCCAGAAGAUGGUGUGCGUCAGGCUCGUCGGGAUCGAUGGUGAGGUCGAGGGCCAGCUCGGGUUGUACAAUGACGAUGGCUCGCUGCGUUCGUACGAGGACGUGAAGAGCGAAGUCGAGCUCGAGCUUGCAGGCGGAUUGCCGGUCCUCUUCUUUCACGACUCGACACCUCGCGCUCGCAUUCUCCCUUCAGCCUGGUCGCUCGUCCAGCCUGGUUCGAGCGUCGUUGCCGAGGCCGUCGCCCCACUGCGCCGCAUCAGAUCAGCUGCGAGUCUUUCGCCUCUCGCGUCGCCAGCGCUUCGACAAGCGCUCGACCCUUCCGCGGACCUUGCCGGGGCCGAGAGCGUAUCCCCGCCGUUCCUGGACGACUUAGCGCAUGCGCAGCUCGACUUCCAGCGCAUCGUCCAGUCUCUCGCAGCGGACUCGCCGAAGACUCUCUCGCACGUCUUCGUUCACGCCGAUGGCCACCUCUUGGCGUCCGCACCGCCGUCUCCCGCCCAGACCCUCUCCCCAUCCUUCUCGCCCACCUCGUCGCGUCGCUCCAGCGUCGUCGUCGACACUGCGGCGAGAAUAUUCAGCCCUGCGCCGUCUUCUUCGGCCUUGUCGAACUACCGCACCGCCAGGUCGCGUGAUGCGACACCCGAACGUUCACCUCGCCUCCUCGACGAGCUCUCGCCUCCGCACUCUCCCGCUUCGGCCAGCAUUAGGACGCAGCAGAGCGACAGACUUCGACGUCAGCCGUCCCAGCAUGAAGUCGGGUUCGACGGCGAGCGCGAAGAACCGGUCGCUCCGCCAGCUCGCCACGAGUCGCUGCACUUCCGCGGCCUCAAUGACUACUUCGCGACCGACAAGUCGGGCCAAACGGACGGCGCUUCUGAUGGGAAACGGAGGAACGCCUCGCCGGCUCCAUCUUUGUCGGCGGACGGCGUGAGGCGGCACGGCAGGAAUGGCUCGACUGGCGAAGCCUUCAUGCUCCCUACCCAACACAGAGAUGCCUCCAGGUCGCCGCCGUCGUCGCGCGGCCCUUCGCCCGCGCGACUCGCCGUCCCGCCCGUCUCGCUCAUGGCCGCACUCUCGGUCAAUGAGCGCCCCGUCACCCCUCGUCCUACCCCUGCUGCCCACUCAAAAGCCGCCGUCUGCCCUCGCCCAGCUCUUCACGUCCGUUUCGAGCCUCCGAUCGCUCGCGACCUCAGCGACUCGACUCCCUCGCUCCCGCCGACUCCCGCCAGGACGCCUUCAUACUCCUGCCUGAGCAAGGCGGUGCCGAGCAGUCGAGUCUCCGAAACGAAGGCGCCAUGGAUCGCUGUCCACCCAAAACCAGUCGCCUGA